AUGACUAGAACCAAAGCUCAUGGUCUUAACAAAAAGCUACACUCCUUUGAUUUUAUAGUCUCAUUAGUAUUUAUGAAAAAUAUUAUGUAUAAAUUAAAAGCUCUUACAGAAACUCUUGAAACAAAAAAUUUAUCUUUAGUUGACGCAGCUACUUUAAUAGAUACAACUAUUCAAAUUUUAGAAGAAAUUAACUCAAAUACAAACUCAAUGAAUAAUUUAAUUGACAGUGCUAUAUCAUUUUCAUCAACUUUAUUAAUAAAUCCAGAAAACGAUUUUAAAAUACACCAUCGUCCUAAAAAGCCGCUUACUUGGUUAGACAAAAACUCUAAAACUCAGAACGAAGAUAUUUCUAUUGAAAAUGUUAAAAAUGCAUUGUUAUUGUUUCCACCUAAUAGUUCUUUGGCAAAAUGCAAAGAUGCGGAAGCAGUUCAAGCUGAAUUGGAAAUUUUGAGAAGUAUAGGAAUUCAGUCUGAUUUGACGACAACUGCUAAUACAUUUAAAAAAUGUGAAGAGAUGAAACAUAUUUUGCCAUUAGCAAAAACAGUUUGUGAUCUAGCUCUUACAGCUCCAGUCAGUGUUGCAACAAAUGAGAGAACUUUUAGUAAGCUUAAUCUCAUAAAAACCCACUUAAGGUCUACAAUUAGUGACUCCAGAUUAAAUUCAAUGAUGAUUCUUGGUAUAGAGAAAGACGUAGUAGAUAAACUUAAUUUGAGCAAAAUUGUCAAUGAUUGGGCAUCUUUAAAAAAUCGAAGAAUUCAAUUAUUGUAA